AUGCUAGACGCCUGAAAUCAAAUUAUUUAAGAUGUUAAGGCCAGCAUAGAAUUGCCAGGAAUUUCAGGGUCAAGGACAAUAUGACAGCAUGCAUACUCGUUGAAGUGAAAAUGAAAUGCACCGACUCCGUGUGGAACCAAUCCACAGGGUUAUGCCGUAGAAGACACGAUCUAAUGUGAAAAUGAGGAAUCCUUCUAGGUUUCACGGUCCAUUAAACCGGACAUCAGGCGAUGAACGAGUUGGAGGAAGUUGGCUUGAUGCAAUUGCGAUUCCAGCUAAGCAGAAUUGAUUGUGAGAGGGGCAAGUGACGCAAGACGAGGGCAGAUAUCAGGGCCCAAAAUAGAAUGGGCCUUUAGCCUCCGAUGGCGUUUCUUUCGGUUCAAGCACUUUGUUUCGUGGUUUAAAUUCACAGCAUUCAUUUCUAACUAACAAGUCCAUGCCUUCUCCCUUCGACGAUUGUUAUAUAUACCCCGCCCUCACCAGAUCUUCCCAACUUAUACAAGCAAAUUCCCCCAUCCCUGUCGUCAAUUCUGUGAACCUAUAGACUUGAAGAGUCUGUCUGGCUUGUUGGCGUUUUGGUCUCUUUGUCUAUUUUUCUUAUAAAGUAGCUAAAAUAUGAAACUCGCAGUCUUCGCGCAGCUCCUCAUGACUCUUGCUCUGGUGUUAGCCACUGCCGUUGCAGCAGAUCCCGACCUUCUUCAAGAUCUGUGUGUUGCCCAUCUUAGCUCCGGGGUGAAAGUGAACGGGUUCACCUGCAAGGACUCUUCAAAGGUAAAUGCCUCAGACUUCUUCUCCGACAUUGCAGCCAAACCAAAACCUACCAACAACACGUUUGGCUCAGCGGUAACUGGAGUCAACGUUCAAGUAAUCCCAGGACUCAACACUUUGGGUGUGUCCAUGUCUCGCAUAGACUACGCUCCUAGCGGCCUCAACCCUCCCCACACCCACCCACGCGCCACCGAGAUAGUGUUCGUGCUCAAGGGUCAAUUAGACGUGGGCUUCAUAACCACAGCCAACAAGCUUAUAUCAAAGACCAUCAAGAACGGUGAGAUAUUUGUGUUCCCAAAAGGCUUAGUUCACUUCCAAAAGAACAACGGUAAGGUUCCUGCUUCUGUCAUCGCAGCCUUCAACAGUCAAUUUCCCGGCACACAGUCCGUCGCCACCACCUUGUUUGCCGCCUCGCCGCCAGUUCCAGACCAUGUGUUGACCCAGACAUUCCAGGUUGGUACCAAGAUGGUCGACAAAAUCAAGUCCAGACUCAAACCCAACAAGUAGCUGGUUGGUGAUCUGUCCUUCUAAUCUUUGUCGCUUUACAAUAUUUUCUAGUUUGGAAUUUACAAGUUUGUGGAAUUCACGGCGCUUCUGUUGACUUCUUGUGUAUGCCAUAUUAUUGUUCUCUGGAAAGCAAUAAUUCAUUAAAAAGUCCA